AUGGAAAAUGAUUCCUUCACUUUGAAAUCGCGGGCUCGUAGGAAUUUGAGCAGGAUGACAUCGCUCCUGUCGUCACUCAAAAGGGGCACUCCCCAAAUCGAUACUUCUUCGGGAUGUUUGGAGGGUUCGGAGGUGGACCCGAGCUUGAAGUCUUCCAGAGCUUUCAGCUCGGGAUGGGACAGAUCUGAGAUCUUGUUGCUCUCCUCCUUAAAAGAAGCGAAUGAUUCCGGCGCUUUAAGCUUUUCUGCUGUCUGUUUCUCCUUUUCCGGCAACACUACCUCUUUGGGUUCGAUUUUCGGGGAUUCGGAUUCCUGCGGCACCGCCAGAGCCGCUGCUAGCGGCUGGGAAACGGCGGCGGCGGAGACGGUGACGAGCUCGGCCGCGAGCGGUGGCUCGGGCGGCGGGGGAUCCAGAGGGGUGUCUUUUUCGACCACCGUCACGGCCUCUUUCAGCUUGUCCUCGACCACCGGCGGGGGAGAGUCCUGCUGCAGGUCCAGCGGCACCGAAGCUAGGGGCGGUUCGGGGAGGGAUUCCGGUUCGACCGACGGCGGGGGAGGGAGCUCGUUGAAGGGCUCCGGUUCUUGGAGCGGCGGCCCUUCGGUUUGCUCCACCGAGGCCGGCGGCUGGGGCUGUGUGGAUGCGGCGGAACUUUGGACUGAGACAAAGACAAAGAUAGAGAGAGAGGAUCACGCGGACAGUGAGGUAUCUCGUGUUUACGGCUGA